AUGACCUUAACAGUUGUUAAGCAGAAAUCAGGCAUGCAACAUACAAGGCCAAUUAUCACUCUUCUAGUGGUGGUGAUAAUCUUAAGUGGCUCAUUGUCUCUCGACCACAAAGAAUCUUUGGAAUUUUCAAUGAAAAUCUGUGAUAUUGCCAAAAAGCGAAAUGCCCAAACCAAUAUUCUCUACACUAAUGAUUGGAAGGAAGGCAGAAGUGAAAACUCAACACAUAACAUCGAUUGGCUUGUACUCUAUCAAUGUCUGCUGGAGUUGCCCUUUUUGUUAAGAUCCUUGGACUAUUUUCCUAUUGAGCCAGCUCGUGCCUUUAGCAGUUUAAACAUAUUCUCUAUAACAUCAGCUGAAAGGGCAUCAAAUGUUUUGGAUUUCAUUGAUGCGCAUCAACGUUGGAAGCAAGGUCAUCGUUAUUUGUUUAUAUGGCUUCUACCUAAAUGGGAGGUUGGGGCAGUCAAGGAUUUCUUUCGUCACCUUUGGCUGAAAAAUAUUCUACAUGCCUUGGUGAUUUGGGACUCAGUGCAUGUUUACACCUUUGAACCUUUUUCGGUGGAGGGAUUUCGUUUGAAGAGCAUUGCGGAACAUCAGUGCUAUUACUACGACAAGUUGACGAAUUUCCAUCACUAUGAGUUUUCCAUUACCAUGUUCACUGAUCCCGUGAGAGCCAUACCUUUGCCGAAUACCAGCAGUCAGGGCUACAGGCGCAUCGAUGGCAGGGUGGCCAGUGCCUUGGUGGAGCAACUUAAUGCCACUGCUCGAUAUAUAGCUCCAGCCGAUAACGAGACUUAUGGCUCCUUGCGUAAUGGUACCUUCUCGGGGGCCCUCGGGGACAUACAGUCGGGUCUGGCCCAUAUUGGUUUUAAUUUGCGCUACACCUUGGACCAUGUCAAAGAGCAUGUCGAGGAGCUAUAUCCCUAUCAAAGGCGUUUCCUGUAUCUCAUAGUGCCUGCUGCGGAGAUGUGUCCCGAAUAUAUGAUUUUUGUCAGAGCUUUCAGCAACUGCUUGUGGCGCCUUAUUAUUCUAAAUUUUUGCCUGGUUUUGGUGAUUUUCAUCAUUUUUCAUUAUUUGGCGGGGCAUCUAUACCAACAGGAGAAUGCCCCUCAUUCUCCUGGCACACAUUGGCAGUGCUACAGACUCUUUGAGAUCCUUUAUAAAACCCAAUUAGGUGGACCUGUGGAAACGUAUUCAAGCAUGAGUUCAUUGCGUCAAAUACUAAUGGCCUGGAUACUUUUUAGUUAUGUGCUUAGCACCAUGUACUUUGCCAAAUUGGAGAGUAACUUUGUGCAACCCAGCUAUGAACCCGAAAUGGACAGCCUUGACCAAUUGCCUCAGCUUAAUGUGCCCAUUUAUGCCUUCGAUAUUGUCUUUGAAGCGGUCAAGGUUUCCCUGCUGCCUCAGUACUAUGAGUGGAUCAGUGCUAUGGGUGUGAGAGUACCGGCCAAUAGGCAAGGCGAUAAAUUCGCCUUUGAGGUUACACAGAAAAAUGCACGAGUUGGCCUCAUCUUGCAUGAUGAAAUGGCCAAGGAGCUGUUGGUGCAUACCUUCAAUGAGGCUACAAAACGGCCAUCAUAUCACAUUGUAAGGGAAUAUCUACGCACUCUAACCACAUCGUAUGUUGUGACCAAGGGCUCACCGUUCAUUCAUAAAUUUCAGCAGGUGGUGAGUGCGUUUCAUGAGUUCGGUUUCAUACGUCACUGGUUGCAGGUGGAGCCACGCAAUGCUGCCUCCCACAAUUCGCAAGAAUUCCUUGAAGACCUGGAGGAUGAUUUAGAUAUGAGCGAUGAUGAGGAAGGCACGGGCACAGCUGCUCCCUCCGAGGAUGCAAGCAUGAAGAAAGUAGUUUUGAAUUUGGACAUAUUGCAGGGGGCAUUUUAUUUGUGGCUGGCUGGCAUAUUAAUCAGUUGUGUGGGAUUUGCUGCCGAAUGGGUUUAUUGGUGGAACCACUAUCAAUCACAGCAAUGUACAAGUCAUGAGCCAUGA